AUGAGUCUGCGUCUUCAUCCAGGCCAACCGCUUCCACCGGAUGUCGACCUCUUUCUGAAUCUCACAGUUCUCCCAUCUCCACCGAUCAGACCGAGCGAAUUUCAGCCAACGGGUAAUGGUAUUAAAGCUAUCUAUGAAAUCCUCAACGCAGAAGGCUCUUCGUUGGAAAGUUCUGUUCUCCAAUGGACUGAUGCUCAAGACCGCUUGGAAAGGUAUCGCAGGACAUAUUUUCAAACAUUCCACAUAAAGUGGCCUAUUCUUCAUGCUCCGACUUUUGGCAUCCAAUCCGCUCCCUUACAGCUCGCCGCAUCCGUAUGUCUUUUAGGAUCAUGGUUCAUGAAUCCCACCGGAGACGAAAGAUCUUAUGCUCUCAAAGUUCAUGAUAUCCUGUUACAACGCUUGUUGACCAGCCUGAUGAACCAAGAGUUAAUCACGGAAGGGCAAGGAUGGCCAGGUGAACAUUUCCAAGCGGUGCUCUUAACUCUGAUUUUCUCGCUCUACCGUACCGAUGCAAUCGUACUUUCCAAAGCUACACAUCUUCGAAACGUUUUCAUCACGACUCUCCGAGAUCUGGGCGCCUUCAACGACAAGUCGUUGGGUGCACAUCUCGAGGCAUAUUAUAGCGGUUCUUAUGCCCCGUAUGCCCUCAGUAUGCGUGAGAGAUUCAAACGGCUGUCAGCUUUGACCUAUCAGUUCGACACUUAUUUCGCGCUUGCUCGAAAAAUACCCCCCUUAAUGCACCAUCAAGAAAUCAGCAUACCUCUGCCAAGUACCUUCAUGGUGUGGAACACAUACGGGCUCGACAUAUUGCCCAUACGACAGCGGGAAGAGCCACCCGAACGGUCCCUGGUUGCAGUAUCUACGAUGAUAAGCCGUCGAAAUUCGCAAAGGCCCUUGCAAUUCCUGGUCGAAGACGUGCAACUAGGCUUGUGUGGACUUUUGCAGGCGAUAUGGGCAUUUACGCAACCAUUUACAACUAAUAUAGAAGCAGACUAUGGAAACGCUGCCCAGAGGGCGAUGCUUACGAAAAAGCUAGAUAUCUGGAAACACGAGCUCGACACAAUUAAUGGAUUCGCCGACUUGAAAAACAUCCAGAGCGACAAGGCAAGAUAUUUGUACCUUGCUUACCGAGGAGAAAACAAUUUCAUAGCGCCAUCACUGGAACGCAUGAGUGCCCUCGUACAGGACACGAUGAUACUCUACUACUUCUUGCGACUUCUGCACUACGCCGGGCUGAACGCACCGUCAGAGACGACGGAGCUUGGUCCUGCGGAAAACUCCAACCUAGGCUCGUCACAAGAAAUAAAGGAUGACCGUGAAGCGCUGGUGUGCGCUCUCCAGCUGCUCGCGAUGGCCGAAACAAGCGGCGCCUCAUCUCAACUGCCAUCCUUCAAUCCGCUCACUUAUCACGCCCUGCGCUUGGGCAUGCACGUGGUGCAGGUGGUCCUAUCCAAGCAGGUAUGCGACUGCGCCGCCUCGGACGGCCAGCAGCAAGCCACGACCAACGAUCUCAGACAGUGGGCCGAGAACGGUGGCCGGGCUCCUUGGAUCAAUGAGUCUCCCAUCUGCGUAUGUACGUUUGAGCGGUGCACCGAGCGUUUCCAGAACGCAAUCCGAGAUCGAAAACCCCUGUUGGAAUAG